AUGCGGUCGCUUUUGAAAGCACCGCUUCUCCUCUUGGCCUCCUUGGGCGGCAUGCCUUUGCCGGUCACGGCCGAGAACAUGCUCAUGUCCAACUCCCUCAACAAUUGUCAGGAGGAUUCCAGCUUCACGGCCAGUCUCUUCAAGGUCGUGUACACGCCAAGCAACAACUCAGCCACGGUGCAAAUCGUCGCCACCUCGUCCGUUCAAGGCUAUGUUCUUUUCGACGUGUCCAUUUCCGCCUACGGCUACACCUUUUUGAGGACCACGGUCGAUCCUUGCGACAUCAAGCUGGGUGGAUUGUGCCCCGCGGUGGCCGGAAAGAUUCCCUUUGCCUUCAACCUGGCCGUUCCUUCCGACGCUGCCAAGCGGAUUCCUGCCUUUGCCUACAGCAUCCCCGACCUGGACGCCACCGUUCGCGUACAAAUCAACCUGACAAAGACGGACAAUCCCCGCAGCAUCGCCUGCGUCGAGGCCGACAUCUCCAACGGAAAGACGGUUGAUUUGCUCGGGGUCAAGUGGGCCACCGCCAUCAUCGCUGGCCUCGCCUUGGUCUCCUCCGCCAUCGUCAACGGCCUCGGACACUCCAACACGGCCACCCACGUCGCCGCCAACUCGCUGUCCCUCUUUAGCUACUUCCAGGCUCAGGCUAUUCUCGGCCUCUCCGCCGUCCACCUGCCCCCCAUUGUCCAGUCGUGGACCCAGGAUUUCCAGUGGUCCAUGGGAAUCAUCAAGGUCGACUUCAUGCAGGACAUCUUUACCUGGUACCAGCGUGCUACCGGCGGCACCCCGUCGACCAUUUUCGACACCAUCUCCACCGUUUCCGUCCAGGUUGAGAAGCGCGGCCUCCAGCUGGCCAGCCACGGCCUGAGCCUGUUCAGACGGAGUGCCGCCAUGAUGCCCAAACCCAUUGUCGUCGCCGCCGCCAACCUCGCGAAGCGCGGCAACGUCAUGACGUCGUCUGGAGCCUACAUCGUCUACGGCAUCCAGCGCGUGGCCUUCCGCUCCAAGAUCGAAACCACCAACCUGUUCAUGACGGGCCUGACCUUCUUUUGCAUCUUCGUCCUCCUGACCAUGAUCGCGGUCGCCUGCUUCAAGGGACUGUGCGAGCUCGCCGUGAAGCGCAAGUGGAUGGACGGCAACACCUUCAUCGACUUCCGCAACGGCUGGUUCACCGUCCUCAAGGGCAUCCUCUUCCGAGUCGCGCUCAUCGGCUUCCCUCAGCUAGCCAUUCUGUGCUUGUGGGAAUUCACCCAGGGCGACUCCGCGGCCGAGGUCGUCCUCGCCGUCUUCUUCUUCUUUGGCCUGACCGCCACCCUGGCCUGGGGUGCCAGCAAGGUCAUUCGCAUCGCCCGCCGCUCCAUUGUCAUGCAUCGCAACCCUGCCUACAUUUUGUUUUCCGACCCUCAGGCGCUCAACAAGUGGGGGUUCCUCUACAUCCAAUUCCGCGCGUCGGCCUACUACUUCAUCGUCCCCGUUCUGUGCUACACCCUCGUCAAGGCCAUGUUCGUCGCUCUCGCCCAAAAGAGCGGCGUCGCCCAGUCGAUUGGCUUCGUCGUCAUUGAGGCUGCCGCUUUGAUUGCCGCCUCGGUGAUGCGGCCCUGGAUGGACAAGAGCACCAACUCGUUCAACAUUGCCAUUUGCGUCGUCAACUUCCUCAACGCCAUCUUCCUGCUCAUCUUCUCCAACGUCUUUGGCGCCCCCCAGCUAGUGGUGGGCGUCGUCGGAGUCGUGCUGUUCGUCCUGAACGCCGCCUUCUCCCUGAUUUUGCUGCUCAUGGUCAUCAUAUCCACCACCGUCACCUUCUUCCGCAAGAACCCCGACGCUCGCUACCAAUACAUGGCCGACGACCGAGCUUCCUUUAUGAAGUCGCAGACGCAAUUGACCACCACCACCGAGCUGGAUGCUCUCGCCGCCACCGCUCGAGGCGACAAGGCGGGCAACAAGUCUCACUUGGACUUGGAGGAUGACAAUGACUCGCUCUCGUCAGAAGACCUUCGCCGCCGGGCCGCCGCCGGCCAAGUCUCCUCCGCCGCAGCUUCCCAGCACUCGUUGCAAGGGCAGCAGAACGGGCCGCGCUCGCCCGUCAACCCCUCGAUGCCGCUGUUUCCCGCCGGCCAGCGGCCCGAGAGCCCCUUUCGCUCCGCGUCGCCGAGUCCGUACAAUCGUAGCGGAUCCGCCAUGGGCCAGCGCUCCAAUAACAGUGCGAGCCCGGCUCCCGGACACAAACCGCAAAACAACGCCAGUCCGUGGCAGCGCGGCGCUGGCUACGACUAG